ACGCAGCCGCGGUCAACAUUUAAAUGAAAUUAUCUUCAAAAAGUAAAUGUCAUGAACCAAUCUAACGUUUCAAAUAAAGAACCGAUGAGAUUUUGCAAAUUUUAUGCGUUUUUUUUUAAAAAAAAGUUAUCAAGCUCUUAAAAAAUCACCCGAUACAUAUGUAUGUAUGUAUGUAGGUGUAGCGUAUGUGUGUGCCCAUUUUGCUUGCCAGCGUCACAAUGUGUCGGUCGAAAACUUAAAAAUAAAAAUCUUAAAUUGUAAUAAAUUUAUAAAAGAAAAGUAUUUAAAAACGAGAGUGUUUUUUGCACCAAGAAGACAUCGGCGAACGCCGUGUGUGCGUCUGUGGCAGCUGUCGGACGUUGUAAAAUGUGUAAAGAAUAAAUAAAUGCGUAUUUUUAAACGCAUUAUUAUAGAUGCACAAACAAGAGUAGUUGGCAAAUAUUUGACGCACAUAUUCCGUGUAAUUUAGGAUGCGUGCUGCUUCUAGUUACUCAUAAGUUGCGUGUAAAAAUACACCAGUCUCAUCUCAAUAAAUCUGUUAUGUGGAUGACGAGAGGCGCUUAUCAUGACUUUUUUUUAUGAUAAUAAAUGUUUUGCUCCACAAAUUCAAAGGAACUUGAUUUGCAAUAGUUUUGUACUACAUUACAUACAUAGAAAUGUGUCUAACGACUGAACUGAACAAUUUUUCCUUGCGUUUAAAUCCAAUUCACUCUUUUAAAAUCCAGUGAUCGUCUCAAUGCGCUGCCAUCUUUAAUGCGUGUAGUUUCUGCAUUAAAAUUUGGAGCCUCUUCUAGUUCACCGUAUUGGAAACUUAACUUAAGGACACAUUUUAAUUGUCUUUUUCAUAAUCAUAACGGGGUUUUCAAUAAAAGCGCUACAGAUUUUUUUUUUUUAAUAAAACAAAAAACGGUUUGGAAUGUCAAUGAAAUGUUUUAUUCUUGUGAAAGUACAUUCGAUGUCAUUAUGUAUGGAACUCGAUUUUUUUGAUUGGCCCCCACGGACACGGAAGUUCAGACGCUGAACCCAAUUUUCGACGGUUCGAUAUUCGUACGAAGUUCAUGAAUCGUCGCUGGCUUGUUGGCAUGGAUCAUAGAUCUAUGGCGGUCAAUUAAGCGAGCCAUUGCGUGAGAUAACACGUUCACCGAACUGAGUUUUCAAUAAAUCGAUUGUGACUUUCACUGUUUGGCUUGUCGUGCCGUCCGUAAUUUUUUCGGGAUGCAAUGGUGACUCAUGAAGUACAUGUGGAUUGCUGCCUGACCAAAAACAUAUAUUUUGCUCAUGACGAAGCCAUUCAUCCAGAAAUGAGUCUCAUCCCUGACGAUGAUUUUUCGAUGAAAAUCUGGAUCAUUUCCAAGUUUUUGCUUAGCCCAAUUCCCGAACAUACGACAAUUCAGGUGGUCAAGCGGCUUCAGUUUUUGCGUCAAUUUGAUCUUGUAAAGAUGUAGGCCAAGAACUUUCCAACGCUUGAGAACGACGUAUGAGAGACUGAGUUGGGUCCUCCUCAAUUGAUGCGCUUGCGGCAGCAAUAUUCUCGACACUACGGGCACUUCUUUGUCUCACUGGCACGGGAGCAUUUUGUACUAUGCCUGUGAAUUGAAAUUUUUUCACUAGACGCUCAAUUGAUUUGAGCAAGUUUGAUUUGACAGGAUGAUUAUGACGACCAUAAAUUGAUCGUAGCGCUCUUAAAGUUGAGGCCACGGACUCUCGAAAUUCGGUAGAAAAUUUUAAUAAUUUCGACUCGUUGUUGGAUCGUAUAUCUUUCCAAGAUGAAAUGACAAAACCGUAUUGAAGAGAAAUGUCAAAAGAGCGGGAAAAAAUAUGGCUUGCUGUCCCUAUCGGUCUCCUUUUGUAGCGUCACUAUUGGAUAAUCCGUUAUUUAAUUUUUGGAAUUUUGGAAUAUUUUUUUUUGCUUCAAAAAGUACCAACCGAUAAAUACAAAGUUGAUACCUAGUUGAUCCAUAAUGAAUCUUUGAAAAAUUACUUUUUAGUCACUAUCAUAACAGCGGUAAAUUACCUCUUUAAAGCAAACGGAGUUUAUUACGAAAAAUGAGGAACUGUUAAAAAAUUAAUUGUUUUGUUGGUAUUUUACCAGUAAAAAUACAUGAAAAUUUGUAUAGUAAAUUUUUAGGAUCUCAAAUCAAAAAUCUGUAAUAUAACCAUAUAUCCUUUUAUGAAUGUGAAUAAAUGUGUUUCCGAAACGGCUUUAAGAAACCUUUGAAACAACGACAAAAUUCGUGAGUGAACGUGAAUCAAUGUUAUUCAAACGAAAUUUGAAAAUAGUGAAAGUAGAAGUCAAAUGCUGACUGAAAUAACGGACAAAGUUCAAUAUACAAAUGUGUGAUAGCCGUGGAUCACUUGUGAUUUUCCUCCCGCAAUUAUGAGUGAUACCGGUGAUCGUGAUCCGCCGGGUAAAACACCACCCGAAACAGCUAGCAACGGUAAACCACAAAGUGGUGAAACGCAAGACUCGUCUCGACAAUAUCAACGGCGGCCGCAAGCCGCAGUUAAUCCUCCUGCUGCGACUGUAUUGCCACCGCAACCGCACGAGCUGACCGCCGAGUGGACGGUUCGUGCGCAGCUAACAUUCGCUCGAGCCGGCGAAAAAGUGCAGCGCGAAUUCAGCUCAAACGAUCCAGUGAAUCCUGUCCGUGUGGUGUACAAAUGGUCUGCAUUUGAUUCGCCACUGCCGCCGGACGAUGAUGCCGACGCUGACCUGUUAGACGAUUCUUCGUCUUCAACUUUGCACAAGCGAAACUCAUUCGCCAGUCGUGGAUCACGCCAAUCUACACCGCUAAAGACCGUACAACACACCCGUCGUUGGCAGCAGCAGCCGCACGAAAGCUUCCGGUCGACCACUUCAUCAACCAAUGCCGACCUAGGUGGAGGCGAUUCGGCAUUCAGCGGCUCCAAUACUUCUAAACAACGCCAACGACCCUACCAACGGCAAACUCCAACCGCAGGCGCCAGUGGUCCGAAUACCGAAAUGGGCGCUAUUUACGGUACGCGCUGCCGCAGUACGUGCAACAUUGUCGUCUCGGCCGUUGCGGACUUUCUGCCCACAAAUCAUGCAGCUAGCGAAGGCGCGACGUCCACACAAACAACGACAAAUGAAGACUUCAUGAUGAGCAGUGGGUCCGGAUUAGGAGGCGCGACGACACAUGUCAAAGCAUCAGCGACGGACUUCAUUCCGGAAGAGGAGGCUGAUCCGUUUGUAUUCAAUACAACGGCGUCGUACACUGUUUUACCUCAAGCGUCCAUCGAUUCUACCAUAUCCACCGGCUCGAAAAGUUUCACCACAAUUGGAAAAGUACUGGCUCUUCGUGACGCUUUCUCACAGACAAGUGAUACGGAGACGAAAUAUUUUGAAGAGCGUGAACGUGAAUACGAACGACGCCGGUAUGCUAAUAGCCGUAGUCCGAUUGAUCGUCGAAUAAGGCAGCAUCAUCAGCAUCAACAGAAGGAACAAAAGUCAUAUGAAAGUCGUCGUGCCACCACGGAAGGUUUACUCCUGUCGCCUAGCGGUCAUUCUGGUGGCGGUGAUUCCUACGUGGACGAGGCAAACUCAUUUAUGCCUUCGUUUUUAACUUCCCCAUCGCAUACGUUCAAAUCUGCCUCUAUGCCGCGUAUACCAACAGUGCCAGAACAGACACGUUCCCAACAGGAGCAACAACAACAAACGCUUGCUUCUAAACAAAAGUCAAAUUCAAGUGAACCACUGAAGAAACCGCGAACGGUACACAUUGACGUCUACUGCACGGGUUCUGAAGAUGAAGAUGAGGAAGAGGAGGGAGCUGAAGGAGAAGAUGAGGGCGAUCAUGCCGAUGCCGAAGCAUCCGCUAGUUCGAAUGACGAAGAUGAGAAUGCAAGUAAACGUUAUGAAUUGGAAUCAAAUUCCACACCUCAAACCGUUUUUGACAACGAACAGCUGUUGCUGAAGCACAAGCGUAUUACGGGUCAAAUGCUUCCACGGCGUCUACAACAACCAUCAACACGCGCCGAUACCCAAACUACAAAAGCACCGAAAACGGAAGGCACAGGUGACUUGAGUAUUGGACAUGCCAUAACCAAGUCCAGCACUGCUGAAGAGGUAUCUGAGUCCAAGCAAUUACUAUUUCGAAAACACAUUGGCGAUCAACGUGCCGCCAAAUUGGCAGUACUACGUCAAAAGUAUAUGCGUCAAUCAAGUGAUGAUGCUAUCAGCUCAAAUUAUCCCAACUCAUCGCGUUCUACGGUGCGCGACGCCACGUGCAGUAGCAUUGCCUCGAGCGUAGUCACCUCAUCCCAAGCUGAAUAUCCCGACUCACCAUGGAAGGAGACAGAGGAUCCAGAAGAAAUAUACUCACUUGCAAAGUCGGACAGUUUUGAAUAUGAAAAUACAACCGAUCGGUUGCGCAUAAAGCAGAUGGAGCGGUUUUGGUCGCGUACAUCCUCUAUGGACGAGCCAACCGGUCAACGUCAAAUGUUAUCAGGCUCUCCAGUACGUGGUCAUAUGCAGGGAGCUUUCUUACAACCCAUUUCGGAAGUUAGCUCACAACGAAACUCACCUUUUAAGACGCCCCUCACACGCUAUGACACUUUGCCUUCCGAACCUGAAAUCUUUUCGGAAGCAUCUGACACUUACUACACAUAUCCUGGUGCAACUGCAACAACCACUACACUGCAUUCUUCGCCGGCAUACCUGCAGCAAACAUCACACUUUCCACGCAAUCGUCCCGGGUUUUUGCAGUUUUUCGGCCCAUCUACCUCACCGAAUCAACAACAGCAAACACAUGUUUCGUCCCAGUUGCCAAACACUGCACGCGAGGUGACUUCACCAUCGCACGCUCAAUUGCUGUACACAGGUUAUCAACCGUACUUACAGCGUUGGAAGAGCGAGACGCGUGAUAAUCUGUCGACACACGACACCUCGUCGCCUGCAGAUCACAGUAGCUGCGCUGGAUCACCGCCGCUAACUUCACGACAAAUUUCGCCAGCAUUUCAAAGAAGUGGCAGUGAGGCGCCGCCAACCACAUCUUCAGCGGCGACAUUCCAUCAGUCGCCAAUAACCGCGCGACGUUUCGAAAUGAAACACGAAAGCUCUGCAAUAAGCGAAGCUUCUACAACCCACUCCGGCUACACACCCGAGCACUUGUUAAAGGCGAAGAAAUUUGGCACUGUAGUAAGUGCAGCGCGUAAACCGGGUCAUCAUGUGGGACCAACAAAAAACCCGAGUUGUGCUUGUGAGAGCUGCCAGCGUUGGCUUGCCGAACGUUUUCAGGUACGCGGACGUGCUUUCUCUUUGGGAGAGCGCCCUAUACUACGGCGUCCCACUUGAGGGACUGGAUGUCAUAAAAAGAAUGAAUCCUCACUGCCAUAUAUUAAAUUAAGGUUUAAUCAUAACUGAACUUCAAACCCAAUAUUAAAUUGCAUUUAUGUGACAUAAAUGAAUAAAGAAAACGUAACGAUUAGGUCUGGAUGUAAUGCUGAUUAUCUCGUAAACUAGUUAAGCAGCUUUCAAACACAUUUCAACCUCAAUACAUACCAAAAUGAACUUUCAUUGAAUCCGAAAUACUAAAUACUCAUUUAUGUACCGAUUGUUUGUACCUUUAACUUAAAGAGAUUUAAGUGAAUAACUAAUAUUUGUCUAAAUGUUAAGAAUAAAAUGGAGAGACUUAUUAAAGUUUAAACAAAAUGUUCCUCAAUUUCCCAGCUGAAUUGUAAAAGUACCAAAUAAAAUCCAAAUUCUUUAUAUAAAAUAA